ACAUCGCCCCACUUGGUUUCCAUAGCAUCCGUUCCUGAAGAGCCCUAGAAAGGCCCUGGGUCAGGGCAAUCCGCCCAGCUCCCCUAGGAAGUUGGCGAGCAGGCUAGCCAAAAGCAGCAGUCUGGGUUCCUGAACUUCCUCUGUCCGUGGUGCUGAAAUGCUCAGCGGCGACACGCGCACCGACGGGCGCGGUCAGCUUUUUUGGAAAGUCCUCCCUGAUGCUGCCUAAAUCACAGCUGUGUGUCUGUUAUUCACUCACGUUCGUAAAAAGCAGCUAACCUCGGUCUUAAUUCGACUCUGCCACUCUGCCGCAGAGCACAGUUACGCCGGCGCGAUGGGAGGAGACGACGCUAAGGCAGGAAAGCUAACAGCAGCAUCGCUCACCUGAGGCCUGGGAAGCUCCCAGGGGUUCUGAGAGCUAUGAGCUCUGAUCAGCAAAGUCACCAUUUUAGACAGUAGGAUUCUUUUUGCUUUUUCCCUAAUACAAGGGUUCGAUGACGUUUCUGGUCCCUCUGAUUAAAAGCCAGCGGAUUCGAUUGCAAUAAGCCUUCAAAACCGGGAAUUUACGUUGUUUUUCGGUGAGUUGACUUCCAGAACAGGGACUCGUCAGCACCCGCCCAAAUACCACGGCACUGCGCGCGCCCUCGGCCACCGGAUCCUCCCCUUCCAAUGAGACUUUGUGACUCUGUGUACCAGUUCUCCUAUUAGGAAACCCGUGGGCUGCAUGCAGCUAUUCCGUUGUACUCCUCUCUCUCUCUUGCUCUCUCUCCUCUCUCCAACUCACAGCCUUGCUGGAAAGCUCACCUCUGUGUGCCGAGAAGAAAAAGCCCUACCUUAACCGACUAAGACUAUGCGCACAACUCGCCUUUCAUAGCCAUCACAGUUUAAAUCUGGCAAGAUUGGACACCAGUCUUUACAAGAAUGGAGUCGGUAAAACAAAGGAUUUUGGCCCCGGGAAAAGAGGGGAUAAAGAAUUUUGCUGGAAAAUCCCUCGGCCAGAUCUACAGGGUGCUGGAGAAGAAGCAAGACACCCGGGAGACCAUCGAGCUGACAGAAGAUGGCAAGCCCCUGGAGGUGCCUGAAAAGAAGGCUCCUCUGUGCGACUGCACCUGCUUCGGCCUGCCCCGCCGCUACAUCAUAGCCAUCAUGAGUGGCCUCGGCUUCUGCAUCUCCUUUGGCAUCCGCUGCAACCUGGGUGUGGCCAUCGUGGACAUGGUCAACAACAGCACCAUCCACCGCGGAGGCAAAGUUAUUAAGGAGAAAGCCAAAUUCAACUGGGACCCUGAAACCGUGGGGAUGAUUCAUGGCUCGUUCUUCUGGGGGUACAUCAUCACCCAGAUCCCGGGUGGAUAUAUCGCAUCGCGGCUGGCUGCCAACCGGGUCUUUGGGGCUGCAAUACUGCUCACCUCUACCCUCAACAUGCUAAUCCCGUCGGCAGCCAGAGUGCAUUAUGGAUGUGUCAUCUUUGUUAGGAUAUUGCAGGGCCUUGUGGAGGGUGUCACCUAUCCAGCCUGUCACGGGAUAUGGAGCAAGUGGGCCCCUCCUUUGGAGAGGAGUAGGUUGGCUACCACCUCCUUUUGUGGUUCCUAUGCUGGAGCGGUCAUUGCGAUGCCUUUAGCUGGUAUCCUGGUGCAGUACACUGGAUGGUCGUCGGUAUUUUAUGUGUAUGGAAGCUUUGGCAUGGUCUGGUACAUGUUCUGGCUUCUGGUGUCUUAUGAGAGUCCUGCAAAGCAUCCUACCAUUACGGAUGAAGAACGUAGGUACAUAGAGGAGAGCAUUGGAGAGAGCGCAAAUCUGCUCGGCGCAAUGGAAAAAUUCAAGACCCCAUGGAGGAAGUUUUUCACGUCCAUGCCCGUCUAUGCGAUAAUCGUUGCAAAUUUCUGUAGGAGUUGGACUUUUUAUUUACUGCUCAUCAGUCAACCAGCUUACUUUGAGGAAGUUUUUGGAUUUGAAAUCAGCAAGGUUGGCAUGCUGUCUGCGGUCCCACACCUCGUCAUGACAAUCAUUGUGCCCAUCGGGGGGCAAAUUGCAGAUUUUCUAAGAAGCAAGCAAAUUCUUUCAACAACUACAGUGAGAAAGAUCAUGAAUUGUGGUGGUUUUGGCAUGGAAGCCACCCUGCUCCUGGUUGUAGGCUACUCUCACACUAGAGGGGUGGCCAUCUCCUUCUUGGUGCUUGCAGUUGGAUUCAGUGGAUUUGCUAUCUCUGGCUUCAAUGUUAACCACUUGGAUAUUGCUCCAAGAUAUGCCAGUAUCUUGAUGGGCAUCUCAAAUGGCGUUGGCACACUGUCGGGGAUGGUCUGCCCUAUCAUUGUUGGUGCAAUGACAAAGAACAAGUCCCGUGAAGAGUGGCAGUACGUCUUCCUCAUCGCUGCACUGGUCCACUACGGUGGAGUCAUAUUUUAUGCAAUAUUUGCCUCAGGAGAGAAACAACCUUGGGCAGACCCUGAGGAAACAAGUGAAGAAAAAUGCGGUUUCAUUCACGAAGAUGAACUGGAUGAAGAAACAGGGGACAUCACGCAGAAUUACAUAAAUUACGGUACCACCAAGUCUUAUGGCGCCACCACCCAGGAGAAUGGAGGCUGGCCUAAUGGCUGGGAAAAGAAAGAAGAGUUUGUGCAGGAAGGAGCACAAGAUGCAUACAGCUAUAAGGACCAAGAUGAUUAUUCAUAACGAAGCUAGUUGCUCGAUUCAUUUUUAGUGUUGUGAUCAAAUUAAUUGUGAUUGCACAAAAUAAUUUUAAAAAUGUGGUGUGAACAUGUUAACAUAUCAACCAAGCAAGUCUUGCCGUUUAAAAAGAAAUAUGAAUUCAAAACAGACCAUGAGAUUCCCAUCAAGUGCAAUCUGUGGAAGUUGUCACGUUAUGUCAUUUCCAUUGAGGUUGUUCAUCCUUCCGUUUGUGAUUUAAAGGUUUACUGUAGAUAUAAGUAGGUGUUCGUUGGACCCAUCACCAUGGUAGAGAGCACAACUAAAAUAGUUGGCACGUGUCAUCCUACAGAAGUUAGGAAGCCAAAGCUACUUGAUCAUGCAAACUGCACUUAUUUAUUUAUUACACUGGACUGCAAAAUAUCCCAGGGAAAUCCUGUCUACAGACAUAGUGAGAUUGGAAAGCUGGUUAGAUCGGGUAUUGACUAUAAUCAUAUGUGUAUAUCAUGGGUUGGCUAUAUCUUUUCAUUGAAGAACUAUAUUGUAUACUAGCAGCUAGCAACUCGUACUGAAUUGUUACUAGGAGUGCACAGUGUGUGAUAUUUUGUGAUCUUCAAAAAGCUUAUCUUGCAGUGUUUUGUGAAAUGCUUGGACACAAACACUUAUUUUUUAUGAAAGAGAACUUGUAAAGGGAGGGGUAUGCUCCAUGCUCUCCCAUUCAUUACCUGACAGUAUCAAACCCCUCACAUUUCAAUGAAAUUCAACUUUCAUGUAACAUAUUACAUAACUUUUUUUGCAAAAAUCUAUAAGAAGAAAUAGACUUCAAUGUAUUUUUUAUUACAACUUUGUACUGGUUGUAACUUACAUUAGGAAAAAUUGAUUGAGAUAUAUAUAUAAAAUCAUAAAGAAUCUAAUAAAAUUUACUAUGAAGCUGUAGCCCUUAAAAUGCAAUAUUAACAACAAAAUAUAUAGAAAAUGAUUUAGAUAAUCUUCCUUGAUAGCUAGAGACUAUAUGAAACUCAUGCCACAAAGCUAUAUAUAACAUGAAAAGAUAAACAAUAGAGAUUCUAUAUGUAGACAAUUUUAUUAUCUAAUAUCCCAUUUAAGAGAUAUUUGUCUUGAGUAUAUAGGACAAAAUAUAUUGAAAUUAUAUCUAUAUCCCUGUAUAUCUUAUACAUAUCCACUCACACAAACAUAACAAAUACUUUUCACACAGAACCAAAAAUAGCAUACACCUAAUGUUGGGUUAGGGACUGCAAUUUCUACUUUCAUAGAGUCAUAGAAUUUUAGAUGGAAAAAAAGGCAUUUUGCUCGCCAUUUCUUAAUAUAUUUCAACAGGAACUGCAACAUUUGUGUACCAAGCAAUAAGUGCAAAGCUUAAAACCUCCUGUUUGUAAAUUACCCCCGUGUUGCUUGUGGUAGCAAUGAUUUAUUUCUUUUAAAGAAGCUAACAUCAGAAUUCUUGAUCGUGUUCUGCGGUGAUAAGAAUGCAUAUCCCAGUGUAACGCAAAGCGCCGCCCGGUGUGUUUCCGUGUCUGCUCUGGGUGUUUGAUCUGUUCAGUGUCCUGUGCUCUUGUCUGGAGGCCCUGCCGCUGCAAGUAGAACAUGAAGUUUGUUUCUAAACGCAAACCACUCCUGACCUUGAGAACCUGAAACUCCUCUCUGCUUUGUGUCUCCAAGUACUGUCAUGUGACCGUUGCCUUUGCUGUGCUGAGUAAAGAGAUGUGAGCUGUCAGUUUGUUGCUGCAAAACAAGUGUUAAUAAAAUGUUCUAUUUACCCUUUCGUAAAA